ACGAGCUUGUUUCUCUACGGAAUGUUUUUGUUGAUGCACGCGGGGAUCAUUUGAAGGCGUAGAAACAUUUCAUCGGCACCAACGUGGUUCUGUUGCUAAUUACGGGCUAAUGUAAAGAAAUAGCUGCCUCGGAGAUUAUUGCUGUCGACUGCUGUGACUGAACUCUGGGUAAAAUGGUUGACUGGAACCCGAUAGCGAAGGUGUACGACCCGCUGAAAGCUGGCAGCAUCGACGGCACGGACGUGGAGCCCCAUGACCGGGCGGUGUGGAGGGCUAUGAGUGCCCGAUACAAACCCAACAAAGGUGUUGUGGGAGACCCGCUGCUCACCCUGUUUGUGUCCCGUUUGAGCCCGCACACAACCGAAGAGAAACUGCACCAAGUGUUCUCCAAGUACGGAGUCAUCCAGCGGCUCCGGCUGGUGCGGGACAUCGUGACGGGCUUCUCCAAAGGAUACGCCUUCAUUGAGUACAAAGAGGAGCGGUCCGUGGUCCGGGCCCGGCGGGACGCCAACAAGCUGGUGGUGGACCAGCACGAAGUGUUUGUGGAUUUUGAGCAGGAGAGGACACUUAAAGGGUGGGUGCCGCGGCGGCUUGGUGGCGGACUGGGAGGGAAGAAAGAGUCCGGACAGCUGCGGUUCGGCGGCAGGGACAGGCCUUUCCGGAAACCCAUUAACCUCGGAGUCGGACCGGUGCAGGAAUGGGGAGGCGGGGGAGGCAGAGACAGGGAGUGGGACAGACAAGGGGCGAGAGGCAGGGAGGACCGGGACCGACACAGAGAGGCGGAGUGGGGCAGCAGAGGGAGGAGAGAUGACCGGGACAGAGGCAGAGAGAGGGACGACCGCAGACACGGAGACAGGAGCAGGCACCGGGACCGGAGAUGAAGCACAGCGGGGAGAAAUCCAGCUGUACUGAUCUCACCAGGGUCAAAGGAAGUCUGGCACAUGUUUAAUGUCCAGUCCAGCUGCCUGGAAUCGGGACGGUGAAGGAGAGUGUGCCUAUACACUGGACUGUUCUGUUCUGAAAAUAGAGAACUGGGCUGUGGAGACAACACUCAUCUUUAUUACAGAUGACCUUGUGUGGUGUAAUGUCACUGGUCUGGGUGUGGAUUGUCUAGUUUACUGGAUGAUGUCAUCUGUUAGCUGUCAUCCUCAGCUGGUGUUCUUGAACAUUUCAGCAUUUCUCAGGGAACUAGCAGAAACUGAGCUGUAAAAACUACUACAAUUCAGUAUAUUAAAAAAAAUGUGUGCUGUUUACAACAAUGAUAGACUUUUUUUUUUUUUAAGCAUUGAAGUUAUCAAGCCCAGUUAAGCUUAGAGUUAGUAAAAAAAACUCUGUAAUCUGCAAUUACAUGGAUAAAGUUGCCAUUAUUUUUUUAAACAUGCACCCAUAAAGGACCUCUAAAUGAGACUGAAUCUGUUUCUGUCUUUGUGAGAAAGAAAAUUUGGUCCUGUUUUCUGAAAUGCCAUGCAUACAUGUUCAUCAGUGUGCUAAGGCAGGCAGUUUAACAAUGUAGCCUCUGUAUGACGUCUAUGUUUCUGUUGAUGAAGCUUUUUGGUAAUAAGCCAUUCAUAAGGUUUUAUGCAGAACUAGUUCUAUAUGUGAGGGAAAGAAAGCAAAUAAACCAAAAAUAAUUUUAACAAAA